AGUGUCUGUGCUUGUGCCGUUGUGUUCCCUUCCCAUGUGCGUGCGCAGUGUGCGCGUAACUUCUUCACUGCUUGUAUGUUUUGCAUUUCGCUGUUAAACUUACGACAAACUCGGGCGAAAGUCGAGGCAGAAUGUCGGGGGACAACGUUAUGCCCAAGAUCGACGUUCAGAAGGAGCUGAGCGGAUCGGCGCAGCUCAACUACAUGAAGAUCGUGGAAAGGGAGAACAUGGAGCGAGUGCGGAGGUUGAAACGGAUCCGACACCGAAACCUGCUGACGGGGUUUCUCCUUGCCGGCGGAGUGUGUGGAAUAUUUGCAUACUCGGUGCUUGCCGUGAAGCAGGAGAAGUUUCUAGACAACUUCGAAGAACCAGCUCCAAAGUAGACAAGAUGGUGCCUAGUGUUUAUUCGUGUACAAAGUUAUCUUGUUCCUCGACGCUCAACAUGCGUGGACCCAGUGAAAUGUGUUUGUUUCUGUAAUAAAAGUACAUUUAGUUCACCGUUA